AUGGCAGGGAAGCAAGUCCUGGAGAUAGGACUAGGAUACUUGGUGGGUAAUGGCGAAGAGAUCAAAGUCUGGAUAGAUCCAUGGCUCUCUACUUCAAGCCCUUUAACACCGAUAUGCCCUUCCACUCUAUACUCUCUCCACCUCCGAGUCUCGGACCUACUAGAUCAUCAUUCAAACGAAUGGAACAUUCAAGCUAUUCAACAACACUUACCUCAGUAUGAGGCAGCUAUCCGACAGUUAAUCCCAAGCUCUCUCAAACCCGCUGACUCCAAAGUCUGGCUCCUAGAGGAAUUGGGCAUCUACUCAGCAAAAACGGGAUACCACAGCUUUAUUCAGGAUAAGAACCAAAGAGAGCAGCAAACUUUCAACUGGAUGUUCCAGGUCUGGAAAGCCAAAACCUCCCCCAAACUAAACCAAUUCCUCUGGAGAGCUCUCAACAAAGCUUUACUGGUGGGAGAACUCCUAGCGUAUCGAGGAAUGUCAUGGGAUCUGAACUGCAAAUGCUGCAGUGAAGCGGAAUCAAUCUGCCAUAUUCUCUGGAGAUGCCCGUUUGCAAAACAAAUCUGGGAAUUGGCACCAGUCUCUCAUGGCCCGCUCCUGAGUUUUCUGCCUUUGAGCCCAAAACAGCUCCUAACAAGCUUAAGCAGAGCAAUAAAUCUCCUUCCCUCAGGGCUCAUAAUGGCACCACUAGCCCCCUGA